CAUCUCUGCAGACCCUGUCACAACCGAGAGAAGGCGAAACGCCUUGGCCAGUACAUCUGUCAGAAAUGCCACCUCAUCAUCGACGAAGUGCCACUCAUGUACAAGAGUGAUGCUUACCACGCUGAUCAUUUCAACUGUACCCACUGUGGGAAGGAGCUGACAGCUGAGGCUCGAGAGCUGAAGGGGGAGCUGUACUGUCUUCCAUGCCAUGACAAAAUGGGUAUUCCAAUCUGUGGAGCAUGCCGUCGGCCAAUUGAGGGGCGAGUGGUUAAUGCUCUGGGCAAGCAGUGGCAUGUUGAGCAUUUUGUUUGUGCAAAAUGUGAGAAGCCAUUUCUGGGGCAUCAUCAUUUUGAACGGAAAGGACUGGCCUAUUGUGAGAAACACUACAACCAGCUGUUUGGAGAUGUUUGCUAUCAUUGUAACCACGUGAUUGAGGGAGACGUGGUCUCAGCUCUGAACAAGACCUGGUGUGUUCACUGCUUCACCUGUUCCACCUGCAAUGCUAAGCUCACCCUGAAGAAUAAGUUUGUGGAAUUUGAGAUGAAGCCGGUGUGUAAGACGUGCUACAAGAAGUUCCCUUUGGAGCUGAAGAAGCGACUGAAGAAAAUGUCUGAGAAGGGUGGUCACAAAUGAGGCCCUUGGUCUCAAGAUCCAGUUGAUUCCACAUGAUCUCUUCUGCGCUCCAUAGCAACAGUAAAUGAUCGAUUGUAGUGGAUCGCAGAGGUCAGUGGGAGGCAGAUGGAUGAUUAACUGAAACUAACAUUUCAUAAUCAUUAUAUAUAUAUAUAUAAUAUAUAUAUAGGCCAACAUUGUAUUUUUCGAGGGCUUUUCUUGAGGGCAACCUCUUGACUUUUGCCGGUUACUUUUUGGUUUUCGGGGGCUCCUUUUUCAUUCUAACCAAUUAGUUUAGUCAGUGAUGCAAUCACAUUGUAACACCACCGCUAUGUUUGUGUUGAUGCACUGUGUAUCCGAUCCCCUACAGAAACAGAGUUAGAAGAGUUCAUCAAUAUCCUCAAUAAUUGCUCACACUCCGCCAAACGUAAAGCCUCCAUCCCACUGUAUUUAAAUUGACACAAACUAGCACUAGUUAGUAACAAACCUUGUUUUCAAACGAACUGACGUGUCACAAAAAUAAAUGCUUCACAUCUCUCCCUCUGCUUUUAUCAGCAACGCUGGUAAACCCAUGCUCUCUGCUUAUUGAUCCUGAUGCCGAAGGCCUCUAUUAAAUCUGCCAUUACUCUUCCCUGCUCCUGUCUCUCAGUGGAACUGAAGUCCCACAUCCCUGCUCCCAUCCUAGUAAAUCAGCCACAGGAGAGAACCAGAGCAGUUCCUCACAGUGUCCAUUUGUGGCAGCGACUUUUCUCUGACUAUUUUGUCUGUGGUGGAAUUUUCCCUGGUAUCUGGGGGUAGCAUGGUGGCUCAGUGGUUAGCACCUCACAGCACCAGGGACCCUGGUUCGAUUCCAGUUCUCGGGUGACUGUCUGUGUGGAGUUUGCACAUUCUCCC